AUGACUAUCACGCUUCGGCCAUAUGCAGAGGGUACGCGUGGUAACUCGGAUAUCUGGGACGAGUUCCGCAUUUGCUCUUGGACUACCAAGCGAGGCUGGACAGAACACUGUUCAGGUCUGGUGAGGACUCGCGCGAAUAAAAAGUUACAGUCGACAGUUUCCAAUGUCGCAGAGACAGAGGUAGAUUAUUUCCAAAAGCAGAUCACCACAGUGGUCGAAGAGUCCAGAUACAUGAUUGACUCCAGCAAUAUGUACCAGGUUCUUACCGAAGUAGGAGCAGGAUAUGGACCGGUAUUCCAAAGCUUGGAAAAUUGUUUCUCGAAUCCAGUACACUCGCGGGCAGAUCUAUACGUGCGAGACACGAAGAGUAUGAUGCCGAAACAGUUCGAGGCACCCUUGGUCAUUCACCCAACAUUUCUGGAUGGGCUCCUACACCUUGUUUGGCCAAUUCUUGGUCAUGGAAGAAUGGAGCUUGAGACCCUCUACAUGCCAACAAUGAUCAAGAAUCUCACAAUCUGUAACAGAAUUCCCUCAAAAGCUGGUGAAUAUGUGAAGGCAUGGUGCAAUGGAGGUCCUAGUCAGCCAUCACCUGAACCAACGAAGUUUGAUCUGUGGAUAACUCCGGAGAAUUCAACAGAGGUUCUUAUCGCUAUGGAGGGCCUAGUUAUGACUCCGCUCAAGGAUGCGGGUUCACUGCGCGGCCCGGAGAUUCGUGACCUUUGCUUUAAGCUUGAGUGGCAGCCGCUGGCACAAACUGAGAUUGCCGUUGGCAAUGGGGAAGCAAAGGAGCCCAAUGGUCAUGUCAUUGAGAAUGAUAAGCUGCGUGUCAACGGCAAUGGCACUAUCCACCAGACCGAUCUUCUAGUCACACAAUUUGGAAGGCUUGAUGGGUCAGCGGAGAAGCUGAGCAAGAUAAUUUCUACUGCCACAAGCAGCUGGCGACCGUCAAUUUCAACUUUCGAAAAAGCAGAAUGCUCUAACAAACAUGUCAUUGUACUGCAAACUGGCAACGAGACUCUGCGCAAGCUUACCUCGGAUACAUUUGAACGCCUCCAAAGAAUCCUACUCAGUGCAUCCCAUGUACUAUGGGUUUAUCGGACGGAUAAACCUGAUGCUCAUAUGAUUGUGGGUCUUACUCGCAGUCUACGGUCAGAGGCAUUAUCCAAGGUUGCUACUCUAGGAAUCAACACAUCAGAGCUAGAAACCUCAUCGGGUCCAAUCUUAGCUGCAAUCGAGGUAUUGUGGCCAACUGAUGGCACAAAGCCAGUCACAGAUUUCGAGUUCAAGGCUAAGGGUGCAGAGCUUCUGGUUCCACGUGUUCUGGACGAUUAUGAUGCCAAUGCAUUCGUCCAUAACGAGACCCAUGAAAAAACAAUUACGUCCCAGCCAUUUGGCCAACCAGGUAGACGCUUCAAUCUCCAGAUCGCAAGCCCAGGAUCGCUUGACAGUUUAUACUUCGCCGAUGACAUUCCCCAACCAUUACCUGACGAUGAUAUCGAGAUCGAAGUGAAGGCCACAGGUCUGAACUUCAAGGAUAUUGUGGUUACUAUGGGCCAGCUGGCACAGCCUUACAUCGGAAUUGAGUGCAGUGGCAUCGUGAAAUCUGUGGGGAAGAACGUCCAACAUCUUCAAGUUGGUCAACGAGUUAUGGCGCUGCCAUUGGGAGCUUACUCAACAUAUGCACGAUGCAAGGCUACUAGUGCCGCGCCAGUGCCGAACUUCAUGUCUUUUGAGGUGGCUGCCACAGUUCCUGUUGUUUUCUGUACUGCGUACUACGCACUAUUUGACCUAGCCAACCUGCAGGCUAAUGAGCGGGUUCUCAUUCAUGCUGGCGCAGGUGGUGUUGGACAAGCAGGAAUCCAGCUAGCCCAGAUGAUUGGAGCGGAAGUCUUCGUGACUGUUGGCAGUGUGGAGAAGAAGCAUUUCCUUAUGACUCAGUACAACAUUCCAGAAGAUCACAUCUUUUAUAGUCGUGAUUCUUCCUUUGCACAUGGCAUCAAGAGAGCCACGAACAACCAAGGUGUGGAUGUUGUGGUGAACUCCCUAGCAGGCGAUCUUCUUCGCGAAACAUGGGAGUGUAUUUCGCCAUUUGGUCGUUUUAUUGAGAUUGGAAAAGCGGAUAUCACCAAGAAUUCUCGUCUCGAUAUGCUGCCAUUUGAGUACAAUGUGACCUUCUCGUCAGUUGAUCUUACCAAGGUUGCGCUCUACAAACCUCCACUUAUGAAGCGCCUGUUGGAUCACGUCGGACAGUUGAUGAGCCAGGGCUCGAUUAGCCCCAUUUUGCCUCUUACCACCUACCGCAUCUCCGAGUUGGAGAGUGCUUUCCGAACUUUGCAAACAGGAAAGGCGAUGGGUAAGAUCGUGAUAGUUUCUCACCCAGAAGAUCAAGUUAAGGUAAGGUCAAAAUUUUUAUUACACCAUGGGAGCAAGGAUACGUCUGACUUCACUCUUUACAGGCUGUGGCGCCCAAGACCAGUUCCUCUCUUUUAA